ACUCGAGAGCCAGUUAAUGUUCACCAAAAAUGCCUGAUUUUACGAAUGCUGAGUUAAUGGACUUUAUUUGUCGCGUCUUGAAGAAAGUUCACGCGAUAGAGUCAAAAUUGGAUCAAUUUCUUGGCAUUAAAAGCGACGAAGAUGUAGAAAAGGAUGUAGAAAAAGACAUACCUGCUUUACAAAUUGAGAUUCCAGUUCCUCAAGAAAAACCUGAUUUGAGCUUUAAUUUCAAUCCUAUCAAUGAUGACGAAGAACUCCAAGAAAUUUCAAACUUAAUUAACAAUGAUCCAGAAUAUUUGCAAAAUUUGCGAUUAUUCAUGCAAUCGAAGCAAAACCUUUGCUUGGAACAUUUUUUCACUGAAAAUUUUCUACUUGGCUACAAUCUCUCCGGUCUUUACGGCAAAAAGAAACUUGAAGAUCUCGCUCCGUAUGAAAAAGUAUAUGUUUACACUCGAAAGCUAAACGGUGAAGACCCCACAUUCAUACGUAAAUUUGUGAUGAACGAAAUUCAUCGGAUCAAGAAGCGCGUAAGUCGAAGGGCUCGUCACAGACUAAAUAUGAGACUAAGAGACUACGAAAAUCUCGAAGAAGGACAAAUUCCAGUAGAUCACGACUAUCAAAACUUUAACGAAGACAGUUUAAGUAUAGACGAAGAGAAUUCCCAGUUAGACAUCAAAAAUGAACCUUUCGACGAAAACAGUGACAGUGAUGAGCCUUUGAUAAAAUUGGUACCUUCGACAAGUAUGGCAUGUACAAGUGACAAUAAGCCCACAGGCUUCCCGCAUGAACCGAUAAACACGAAAAAGGAACUUAUCAUUGUUGACGAACGAAUUAUGGAGGAUCCGGAGUACUUGGAAGAGCUUCGAAAUCAUUUUAGUAGUUUAAAUCGUGACAACGUUUGUCGUCUCGAUCAACUUUUUACGGAUGAAUUUUUGUUUUCUUAUACCUACUUGGGCAUGAGUGACAGGGAUAAAUUGACGGAUCUCAUGCUUUAUCAGCAAGUUUACUUCCAUUUAAAACGCAUCAAAGGAGCUACUUUAGAAGACAUCGCAUAUGACGCCAAAACAGAAUUGAGACGAAUGAAGAAAAGAGUUUACGCAAGACACGAACCGAGGCGAGGCAAUCCGACGCCAAGUAAAAGGACAAAAUUGUCAUAAAUUACUAAAAAAAUUGAUUUUUUAAAGAAGUAACUUCCAAAAGACUAAAAAUUGAUCAAAAAGAUGUACAAAACGGGAGAUUCAGCUGAAUGCAAAAUUUGCUUUGAAGCAGAAGAAACAGCAGAACAUAUUUUUACUUACUAAUUUUUGCCAACAGAGGCGGCAUUCUGUAUUUUCACCGGCUCAUUUCAUGAUUUUUAAGGAUUUUUCGACAAUUUGGCCCAAAAAUUCGUAUAUUUUGCUAAAAAUCGAAGCGGCAUACCGCAAAUUGCACAUAUAAUCAAGAUGGCUCAAAUUCUAUUUCGAGAUUUUUUUUAUAAAGAGACAUUUUCAAUACUUGAUAAUGUCUUUGAGCUUUGAUAAAUGACUGACAACCCACAAAAAGCUAUUGACUAUGUUAGGGCUUCACAUCACCCUAUAUAUCAGCAUUUCAUCGAAAAAAAAUGGCAUGAGAUUUUUUGAUGGUUUUGUAUUAGUUAGGCCUAAAGUAGUCCAAAAAACCUAAAUUUAAAAUUCU